UGAGUUGUCUGUCUCUCGCUAGCUCUUUCACGACUUCAGAGGACUUUAAAACGCGGAGCGAGAGCUACGAGCUAUUUGCAUAGCUCAAUCGCGGUCAAGAUGGUCAAUUUUUCGCUCCUCUGGGCGCACCCCGAGAUCAACCCCAUCAACAAGAAAGCGCGAUCAAUCCCGUUCCUCAAUCCUGUCUCCGACCGCUAUGGCCGCGUCUUCUUCUUCUCAUGGUUCGGCUUCAUGAUAGCAUUUUGGUCGUGGUAUGCCUUCCCGCCUCUCCUGGCGGAUGUCAUCGCGAAGGAUAUCCAUAUGCAGCAGUUCCAGGUUGCGAACUCUAACAUUAUCGCACUGACGGCUACGCUAAUCGUUCGUCUUGUCGCUGGUCCCGCCUGUGAUCACUUCGGUCCAAGGAAGACCUUUGCUGGCUGCCUCCUUGCUGGUGCCGUUCCUACCUUUCUCGCCGGCGCCGUGUUCAAUGCCUCUGGACUCUACGCUUUGCGCUUCUUCAUCGGUAUUCUCGGCGGCUCCUUCGUUCCCUGCCAGGUCUGGACGACCGGCUUCUUCGACAAGAAUGUCGUCGGCACCGCGAACGCGCUGACAGGCGGCUUGGGCAAUCUUGGCGGAGGUGUCACAUACUUCGUCAUGCCCGCCGUCUACAGCAGCCUCGUCCGUGACGGCCUCGCGACCCACAAGGCCUGGCGUGUCUCUUUCAUCGUGCCCGGCAUCCUGAUCGUCUUCGUCGCUCUUUGCCUGCUCCUCCUCUGCGACGACACGCCUACCGGCAAGUGGAACGACCGGUUCGCUGCUGCAGAAGAAAACAUACGCCGCCACUCGGUAACCGGCGUCGUUGACGUGCCCGGCACUGUUACAGAUGUCCCAGGCAACAUCACCGACGCGCCCAUCCCCGUCGACAAGGAGCGCGAGCACUCCCUCGGCACCGCCUCCGACGAAGAGAAGCCCCACGGCUGGAAAGACAACGAGCACCAGACGACCGACCAAGAAAUGCUCGACACAGCCCGCGGCGAAGUCAUCCAGAAACCCUCGUUCAAAGAAGUCGCUUCCGUGAUGAUCAGCCCGCAGACCAUCGUAACCGCCGCCUGCUACUUCUGCACCUUCGGCGCCGAGCUGGCCAUCAACUCCAUCCUAGGGAACUACUACAUGAAGAACUUCCCGACGAUGGGGCUCCAAAACACGGGUAACUGGGCCGCCAUGUUCGGCCUCCUAAACGGCGUGACUCGGCCGCUCGGCGGGUACGUAAGCGACCUCGCAUACCGCCGCACACACAGCGUCUGGGCCAAGAAGGCCGUCCUACACAGCUACGGCAUCCUCACGGGCGUCUUCCUCAUCGUCAUCGGCGUGCUCGACUCCAAAUCGCAAGCCACCAUGUUCGGCCUCGUGGCCGGCAUGGCCAUCUUCCUCGAGGGUGGGAACGGCGCUGACUUCGGCCUCGUGCCGCACGUCCACCCUUAUGCGAACGGCGUCGUGUCGGGCUUCACUGGCGCGGCGGGCAACUUCGGCGGUGUUGUCUUCGCUAUCAUCUUCCGGUAUAAUGGCAAGGACUAUGGGAAGGUGUUUUGGAUUAUUGGCGUUAUGACUAUUGGGAUUAAUUUGGCUGUGGCGUGGAUUAAGCCGAUUCCGAAGGGGCAGGUUGGUGGGCGGUAGUCGGUGGGGAGAGGGGAGGCGUUAGAGGGCAAUGAAUGGAUCAUUCGGCAUGUUGUACAUGUAUACAUGAUGGGUGGGUGCGGAAAACGGGCGCGGCG